UUUUCGCAAUUAAACUUUUUGUCCCUACGACUGCCCGCUCUAUCCACUGUCUUUCACUCCGCCGUUCUCCCUUCUUCGUUGCCCCUCCUCCCAUGGCGGCCGCCGGCGCGGUGGCCUUCUCCUCCCUCAACCCCCUCCCCUCCCUCCUCUUAUCCGCCCCCUCCCUUCGCCGCCUCCCUCUACGCCGCCCCUUCUUCCGCGCCUCCUCUUCCUCCUCCUCCUCCCCCACGGAGUUCAACAUCACCUUCGGUGCCGCCGCAGCCCCUUCCAAAUCCCUAAUCCCCGACCCCUCUCCCCUCGACCCCUGGAUCGUCCGCGACGAGAACGGCAACCUCACCCUCCAGUCCUCCCCUCCCGCCCGGUUCCUCCACGCCAUGGCCGAGGCCAAGGCCUCCUCCUCCUCCUCCUCCAAGAAGACGAAGCAGAGCGAAUCCAACAAGGUCAAGGACAAGAAGGGCCCUUCGACGCAGGCGUCGGCAGCGUCUACCGCUCCCAAGUACUCGAAGGCCGCGAGGAGGUUCUACAACCAGAAUAUUCGGGAGCCGCAGCGGCUUAGCAAGGUUCUCGCGGCGGCGGGAGUGGCUUCGAGGAGGAGCAGCGAGGAGCUCAUAUUUGAAGGGAAAGUGACUGUCAAUGGGACUGUUUGCACUUCGCCGCAGACACGAGUGGACCUUUCCAAGGAUUCAAUAUAUGUCAACGGAAACCGCCUUUCCAAAAAGUUACCUCCAAAAUUAUAUUUUGCCCUUAACAAGCCAAAAGGGUAUAUUUGCUCAUGUGGUGAAGAACCAAAAUCAGUUGUCUCCCUAUUUGAUGAUUUCUUGAAGGGUUGGAAUAAAUUGCAUCCAGGAAUACCAAAGCCACGUUUGUUUACAGUGGGUCGUCUGGAUGUUGCUACGACUGGUUUGAUAAUUGUUACAAAUGAUGGUGAGUUUGCCCAAAGGCUUUCUCAUCCUUCAAAUGAAUUGUCCAAGGAAUAUAUUGCCACUGUAGAUGGUAGUGUACAUAAACGGCAUCUAAUAGCUAUUAGUGAGGGUACUGUAAUUGAAGGCACCAAGUGUAUACCUGAUCUGGUGGAGCUAUUGCCUGGACAGCCAGAUGCAUCAAGGCCUCGACUCAGAAUUGUGGUUCAUGAAGGAAGAAAUCAUGAAGUUCGUGAACUUGUAAAAUAUGCUGGACUUCAGAUCUAUUCCCUAAAGCGGGUGCGUAUAGGUGAAUUCAGGCUUCCUUCAGAUCUCGGGCUUGGGAAGUAUGUUGAACUUAAACAAGCUGACAUCAAGUUGUUGGACGCGAACUCUCAGAAAAUUGCGUGAGCUGUUGGCUGGUCGAUUCAUUGUGAAUAAGCAGAGCAGAAGAGGCCCAACCAGUGAUUGUUCCAUUUCCAUCAAGAGAUAAACUACGCUGUCCGCAUUCCUGAAGACUUUUCAAAAUUUGGCUUGUCCUGCCAGCUUCUGUGAAUAUUUUUUGGUUCUUCAAAUGUUGCAGGUGAUUGGUUCCACUUGGAUGUUCAUGACCUUAUUUAUAGUUGAACUUCAUCAUCGACAUAAGCUGUAAACACAAUAAUACUGAUUGCUGGAAAAUGGUGAGCUGACUCGGAAAACUAAGUAUUUACAAUUUUUUAGGCCUCUUUUCUAGUCAAGGGAGCUGUUCUUUCGGUGAGAUUCUAGAUACAUUGUACAAUGAAAUUUUGGUGUAUUCUGCAAUAAAACCUAUGGAGCUAUUUUAUAAGAUAUCUCUGGUAACAGGUUUGUUUCCUA